UGUAUCAAAAAAACAUUAUAGUUGGGAUUAAUUCGAAUCUGGUUUCGUAAAGAAGAAUUUUACUGUUGUUGCGGAAAAACAAGUAAUAGUUUCCCUUGCUUGCUUUGUAUUUUGAAAAUUGAGUUGUUGCGAACCAGCCUGGUGGGUGUCUCUCUUGGCGGAUUCUCCAAGAACCAACUCCCUUUCGGGCUGGAUUUUCCCAUAACCGUCUCCUUUUCAGCCUUUUUUUUUCAUAUAUUUGCAAUGCCCAGGUCAACACUCUUCAAUCCCAUUAUGGGUUUCAAUUCGAUUCCUUGAGCUUAUUCCUACUCUGGGUCUCGCUUCAAAUUUCGUGGGUAGUUUUCUUUUGAUGAAAUAUCGUUUGGGUGACUCUUGAUUCUUUUUGGGUUUGCUUGGUUUCUCUCAGAUAAGCUCUGAAGGGGUGGAGCUGAGAAGCUGGUGAUUGGUAUUGAGGGUUGAGGAGAUACAGUCUCUGUCAGGUCCUUAUAUUUGAUCUUGCAUACAUCAAAAAGUUUUGGUUAAAUAACCCCCCCCACAGAUGGAUUGUUCAUGGGUCUCACUCUCAAUAUCAUUGAUCCCACAUUAUUUAAGAAUGUAAGCACUGGGUCUGCGGAAGUUCAUAUGUAUACUUAAAAAGUGUUAGUUGCGUAUGUUGGUUUGAAGAAUAAGGUGGGCACUAAGAAGUCCUUCAUUGGUAAUUGAAGGGUUGGAGCCUCAGUCAAUCUAGUUCAUCAGUGUUAUAAUCUUCUCCAGUUGAUGAUAUAGUGCUGCUAGUUCCUAUUUCAACAUGAACAACUCAUAUGAUGAAGAUUAUGAUGAAGCAACUGUUGCGGGAUUUGAAGUUUUAAGAUCACCUGAUUCAAGUUACAACAAUAUGUAUCCUGGGAAUGAAGAUGAGUCACGGGAUCCACCAAUUGUCCCUCCACACCUGCAACAGACCUUACUUAGUUACCCAGCAAGUAGAGACACUGCUGGAACUCUUCCUUCGCCCCCAAACGUGACCCUCAACCACCUUUACAUUGAGAAUCGGGAGAGCCCCCGGUCUGUGGUCGCACUUGGGUUCACUCAUCGCUUUCGUUCAAAAUUUGUUACAGUUGUGCUUUAUAAACCAGUUCAAAGAAGGGGGGCUAGCAGCACUUAGAACAUGCAUAUUAGGAUACACCUAUAUUAGAGUUGGUUAUGUCUAGUCCUUAUAUUAUGAUCCAAUUAGUGGUAUAAACCCAAAUGAAAAACUAGUGGUGAAAGGUAUUUAUCGCCUUACAGAAACUCAUGAAUUUAGGCCUGUUCAACUUCUUUGUAGACUUGAAAUGGAUAAUAUAGUCUGCAGGGUAGAUUUGCUAUAUUAUGAAGAACAUUUAAGUAUUCUUUCCAACUAUUAUACGAAAUGGGGUUGGCUGAGCCA